AUGGACUGGAAUGUAAGACCACUCCAAAAUGCUGUUGCAAAGAACCUGCAAAGUCAAGAUGGAUGUUAUACUCAGUUGCUUCCUAAUGCUCAUACUUUUCCUCAGACAAAUGUCUAUUCCUCUACAAAUGCAUGCACUUACGCUGGAAAUAACCAAAUGAUGUAUCCACCAACUAGCAAUGCUGCCGUUCCUCUUGUAAAUGCUGAAGGAUUCAAAACUUCCAAUCAGGCCUUACCAGGAGCAUCUGUGUCCGGUAAUGAUUAUGAUUUUUUUAUCUCAAAGUACUCAGCUGAUCGACAUCCACAGUCCUGCAUAGCUCCAAAACCUCCCAAACGGACAUCGCAUUUGCAAGCAGAGAUAACUCAGACUUCUUGGCCAAUCUCUGCUGUCUACAUUAAUUCCCCUAGAAAUUUGCCUGCGCUGUCUUCUCAAAGCAGCGUUGGAAGUAACAUGAGGAGCGUACAUCAAGAUCCUCAGUAUGUCACCACAAAUGAUUACACUGGGUGGCCACAAAUACCACCGCCUAAUUCUAUGAGAACUACAAUGUUAUAUCGAAGUACCGUUCAUUCCCAGGGUAGUUCUGCAUCUCUUGGUACAUCUGGGCAACAUGUCCAAAACCAAAUAUAUCAUCCCAACACUCAGUUUCAAGUUUUACAGUCACUGAAUCAAAAUACAGAAGUGAAUAUACAGCGGCCACAAUAUCAACCAAGCCAGAUGGGAUCAGAAGCUCCCAGUGGAUGUUCUGCACCAUCUUUGUUGCCUGCCAACUGUGAUUCAAGAGCUGCAGCACAAUCUUCAACAGAGGUACCACAGGCAGUUCAAAGAGUGCCUAAUAGAUAUGCUUUUAGCCAACAGAGGUACCCAUCAGAUCCAAAAAAUGCUUCUGGUUUUAGUGUUCAGCAACAAUGUCAGAAACAGCUGUCUGUAGGAGUCAAUCAAUCAGUUGGGAAUGUCUGUAGAUCAAGUGGAAACGUGACUGCUAAUCAGCCUCUAGGUGAAAUGUCUGUGCUAUCUCCUGACAUUUACAAAGAACUGUAUAGUAUUCUAAACAAAAUGGAAACUCUUUCUUCAAUGGCUGCUUCAAAGCAACUGAGUGAUCCUGCUUCAGUUCAAGAAAGUCAGACGAGUAGUUUAAAUAAUGGGUCUGUUAAUUCUCAAAUUUCUUCAGCAGCAGAAGGAAGAACAAAUGCAGAAGACAGACUAGCUUGGGAAUCUCAAAGGCUUCUCACUAUGAAGAAAAGAAGCAUCCAGAUUGAAAAGAUGGAUCAUUUUAGAAGAAAACUCUUAGCAGCUUCGCAACAUGAUGAAAGUACUCUAUCUCCUCCAAGUUACCAAGAUACUCUCGCUAAUUGUCUUCCAUGUGUGCCCAAUCAAAAUGUACCACCUCCAUUUGAAACAGUGUGGACAGAUAGUCCAAAAAGUAACUCUCUAUCUGAAGAAAGGAAGGACAAAAAUAUAGUUAAUGUUGAUAACAGAGGCUUAGAGGUGACUCAAAGUAGUCUCUGGGUGGAGCAAGGAAGCCUUUCAUCAAGGUCUGCUCCUGUUCCCUCUCAGAGCAAAUACCCUGCUCAGUUAAAUAAUCCUGACAGCACUCCUGUCUCAGAACAAAGGGGUGCAGAUGUCUUGGCCUCUUCUCAAACUGUGACAUCCUUGAACAAUGCUUCAUCUUUCAGUCAAGCAAACAGCUCUGUUAAAAUUGCAUCAAAGAAUGUGCCAUCAUACCCUGAGAACUCAUCAUUUCUUCAGUUUGUAUUGAGCAGCACAAAUAUCUUGAAAGAGAAGACAGCUGGUGCUACUGCUGAUAAAAUACUGACUCAUCUCUUGUGUAGUGAAAAAACGCUUGUAGAUACAUCUGUUUCGGGUGGAAGUGUACUAAAAGACACUAAUAAGAAGAACGUAGGAAGUUUGAAAGGUGAGCAGGCAUUUAUGGUUCACGCAAACUUUCCUGUGUCAGAAACAACCAGUUCUGGUGAAGCUGAAUUUCAGAGUAAUGUAGCUCAGAAAAAAAAGCAGCUUACUGAAAAUGCAUCUUUUAAACAGAGCAGUCGUAGUGUGGAAGAGGUAACUGUAUGCCUGGGCUUGUGGAGAAAGGAUUCUUCAGAAGCUGUAAAGGUGCAAAAACACCAGUCAAACAAAAGCCCCACAGCAAGUCAGAUUUCACUUUAUAAUCAAAACACUAAAAAUAGAGAACAAAAUAUUGGUCUGGUUAAUAGAAAUACAGAUGAAACAGUUUUGCCUAUAGCAGCUGCUUCUGCAGGGCAAAAACCUGAUACACAGAGUUGCAAUUCGAUAAAAAGUAUUGAACUUCAGGUUGCAGUUGUCUCACCUUUAGUACUUGCUAAAAAGAGAACACAGAGUGAGCAGGCAGACAAAUGUCCAACAUCUGCAGCUAAAUCCUAUCCGGUGAUUGACUUGGAGAGCACAUGUAGCUUGCAAGAAGAGAGGAAAAAUUAUUUAAGUGUGGUAAAUACUGAUAAAGAAACAGAAACUGUUCAGUUGUCACCUAGUGAUUGUGUUAUAGUAGAGAAAGAGGACUCACAGCUGCAGCAGACCAAAUUAACUGAUGGAAACAGAAUGGUAAAAAACAAUGUGAGUGCAAAUGAGUCUCAUGAUGACAACCAAACAACACUUAGCCAGCCUGCACAAGAUACCAGAGAAAAUCUGCAGCUUGGAUUACAAAACAAGCCUUCUCUUCCUGAAUUGGGCAUAAAUUGUUCUAGUCAAAUCUUUCAAGAAGGUGUUAGAGACCAUAAAGACAAACAAGCUUUGUUAGAGACAGGACAUACAUCCACAGUUGGGUUGGAAGAACAGAUCCUUUGUAUUUCUAGUGUAUGUUCUCUUGUUGAAGGUGAUAGGUAUUAUAAUCCACAAAUAGCAAGUAUCUUCAGGUCAGUUUCUGAGACACAAGCGUUAAAUGGUACCUCAUCAGAAGGAAGUGCAUCUGAACCAAGACAAAAGAAACAACGGCUGGACUUGUAUAAAGAUAAGCUGAGUAGUAACACUCCCCAAAGAGAGACCUUGCUGCAAAAUACGCUGGGAGAAUCAUCGGGUUGCAUGAGUAAAGCGUGUGAAGUUUGGAAUUGUACCACAACCAGUCACUUGGAGAAAGAAGGCAGUGGCAAUCCUCUUGAAACGAUUUCUGCCUCAGAACAAAAAACGUUAUUCAAUUUACCUUUCAAGCAUCCUGAAAAUGACCUGCAAAUUCCUGCUAAUAUAAACCAGCAGUUAGCUCAAAAUUCACUAGAUUCAUCAAUCAGCAUAACUGUUGAAACAAAUUCCUCAGCUGUUUCAAGUGACAACAGUAAACAAAAUGACAUACCCAGUAAAAACAGCACAGAAAAAGAGAUGAUCCUAAGUGAGGCAGAACCUAUUAAAUGUCUAGACGAUCAGUUGUCUGAACUGAUGCAUUGGUUUCCAUAUGGCAUUGAAGGUACUAAUUUGCGAACAAAAGAACCAGUACGAAAUGAUUCUGUGACUGAUUGGAAAGAGACUCAACCUCACAAAGAGACUCAAACUUGUGACAAAAAUUCUCCUUUGAAGGACCCAGUAGAUGAGAUAAAAAUCAAAGUGUUAAGCUCUGAUCAGAUACAAGAACUGUUUUCUGAACACAACCAGUGUUCAUCUGGUGACAGCAGGAGAGUGGCGAGCCGACAGUCAGAAAAGGUGUCAGCUGGGGAGGAAAACGUUGAAAGCAGUGUUCAGUCUAGUCAGAGUCCUUGUGAGCAGGAAAAAAAACAACAAAAAACUACCAACCCUAUAGAAGAGAAAAAGGAUUUUUCUUCAAUGAGUUUGCUAUUUGUAGGAUGUCAAAUACCACAGUGCCCCAGUAAAUUUGGAAUAUCUGAUUCAGAAAAAAAUGAUGAUCAGUUUUCAAAAGCUGAACAUACUAGCUCUACAGAGAGCCUGUUAAACAACAGUAAAUCUGAUGCUGUAACUAGGAAUGAAUGUGCAGUUGGAAACCUUCAAGUUUCUGAAAAGAUCCCAAACAGCAUUAGCAAAAAUAAAAAAGAUAUUUCUAAAUGCACCUCUGUAAUGUGUAAAAAUGCUGAGCUGAAAGUGAAUAAUGAACACGAACUGCUUAUGACACAACAGGAAGAGCCACAGAUCAACAGAGGGACCCCAUUGUUAGACAAAGAACUUCAUCCUGACAAAAAGGAAGUGGAAGUUUGCAAAACAGAGUUAUCUAAAGAUAGCACCAAACCAGAACUGGCCAUGAAAUCCAAACCAGACAUUGAUGAAUGUACAGAAUCAGAAACUGUUGAAAUUAAGCAUGCUAAAGUCAGUCAAGGACAAAAAAUUAACACUUGUGAAAAUUACUCAGGUGAAGCACAGAACUGUAGGAAGCAAAAGGAAAUGCUUGGUCAGGAUGUAGGAAUUAACAUCAACAAUAAUGCCAAGUUAUCAGCAGAAAUAAAGCAUAAAAAUCUGAAUAGUUAUUGUACUGAUGCUGUAAAGUUCCCAAAUUGUGGCUCUGUAGAUUUAAAGUCAAGGAACCCCAAACAUUUGCAGCAUAAAUCUGUGAAAGUUCAUCCUUCACAGGAGCAGUCGUACAAAUGGAAGAGGAACAGAAAUACGAUUGGGAAGAGAGACUCCAAGAAAACAAAAGUGGAAGAGGAAAGACUGAAACAGCCGGAAGCAAAAAAUUCCAAGCAUUUUUCACAUCCUUGCAUGAUAAAUACUGACAAAGCUAAAAAACUGAACAGAGAAAAUGGCUGGAAACGGAGAACGCUAGCAGAUCGCUCUGUGCUUAAACUACAUAAAAAGGGGGCUCAAUCUUCUACCAUUUCUAAAAGCUGCUUUUCUAGCAAAGAGAGGUGUCUUGAUGUACAAAACAAAGACAAGUGCUCUGAGAAAAUGUUUCCUGAUAAAAACCUGCUGUACUUAAAUAGAAGGAAUAACAGAUUAAAAUUGCAUCUUCAAAAGGAACCAAAAAUACACUACCUGAACAGAGUUGCAUUUAAACGUACAUCACAAGAGCGCAUAUAUCUGACAAAAUUAGAGACCUCACCUGUCAGACAUGCCUGGCGUGCCAAGUCCAAAGUGUCACAAAACAACCCGGAUGCGAAAAGAGGAGAUGCUGCUGUCUCCGGAGUGAAGAAAUCACGCAAACUGGAAUUACUCGAAUUUAAGCUGUGUCCAGAGAUACUGUUCAGGAAUCCAACCACUGAUGAAGAAAUCUCAGCUGCAAAGGAUUCCCUGGAAAGUGAGAAAACUGUAGUAGCAGGUGUCAAGAGUAAAAAAGAAGAUUGGUUAAAAUGUGAUGCAGUGAAACGAAAAAAGCUGGAAGAUAUCUCUACAGAUGAGGACUGUAUUCCACUUGAUACAGCUAUAAAGAUCCUGGAUGGAGAUGGUGAGGCUCUUCACAGUCCAGUCAAAGACUCAAAAGAGGUGUUUCAGACCUACCGGAAAAUGUAUCUGGAAAAAAAGAUGCAAAAGCCUUGAUAGCACUCCUGUAUCAUAGAUCUUAUUUAGUAUC